GAGAAAGUAUUAUGUGUUCUAUAUUUUCAUAUGGAAUGGCUGUAAGCUUUAAAGCUCAUGGCUAGUCCAGAGCCAUAGUCCACGCAUUCUCAUGGCUGCUAUAUCUACAGGCAUAUGUACAGUAUCACUCCAUCUUAAAAAGUCACAGAUAGCCUUUUCCUUAAAAAUUUUUUCCAUUCAUUAUGACAGACAACUUUCUAGUCCCGAUUGGUGUUUUCUGGGAUAUUGAAAACUGUAAUGUACCACGCUGGAAAUCAGCCUUACCUAUAGUGAAAUGCAUACGCGAGAAGUUCUUUAUUGGAAGGCGAGAGGUGGAGUUUCUGUGUGUAUGUGACACUACGAAAGAAAACAGACAAGUCAUUCAAGACCUAACAGCUGCUCAGGUUGAUGUUGUACACAUCAAUGCUACCAGUAAAAAUGCUGCUGACGACAAGCUACGUCAAAGUCUCAGACGCUUCACUGAUAAACAGCCCCCUCCCGCUGUUGUGUUACUCAUCUCAAGUGAUAUCAAUUUCGCGCCUGAUUUGUCAGACUUGCGUCAUCGAAAGGGCUACCAUGUAAUCCUGGUUCACACUAAACAUGUCCAUGAGGCCCUAAAACUGUGUGCAAAUGAGCACUUUUUGUAUGAGGACUUGAUUCAGGAUCUCCCCCACCGUGAACCUGAUCUGUCAGAGGAAGGACAGAAAGAGUUAGUAGUGGUGGGCUUCCCUACCAAUCAGCCAUCCAAAAUGGUGGAAAGCUGUUUGAAGAAGCUGUCAACAAACUGUGGUGGACGUGUGAUCAGUGUUACAGCUAGUUAUGCCUUACUUCGCUUCCCCAGUCAUAAUGAUGCUGUCAGGGCCAAGAAGAGGAUGACAGGAGAGCAAGUGUUUAGCAAUACAAUACAAGUUGACUUUGCAGUAGCUGUAACAGACAUUCCAUCAGCUCAAGGUAACUGUAGCCUUCCUGACAAAAAGGAUUCCUCUCCAGAUCCAAAACCUAAACGACGAAGAUUUCGACGUUCUAAGUCCAGAGAACAGCCAAAAUUAUUACCUAUAUGUCCUCAAGAUCAAUCGAAGAAAAAGGAGAAAUCACCUGAGACUCAACAAUUAAGUUCUGAGAAGAAGAAAGAUAAAUCACAUAAAAGUCAACUGUUAAGCCCUAACAAGAAAACAAAGGCUAUAAAAAUGGCCACUCAGUCACCUGGACAGCCCGGUAUCAGUACAGGAUCACAAGGAGACGUGCAGCUGAAAGACGAAAGUCAGUCUGAUAUCAAAACAGUGGUGGAUAAAUUCUCCAAAGACAACAAGAGUAGUCGACAGGUAUUACUACUGCAGCAGCAACUGUACCAGGAGGAACAGGAGGCUCCACCUCAGGCCUACCAACAGUCACGCCCACAGUCACAGCCUACACCUGAAAACAGGCAUACUCCCAUCAACUCAGGUUUCAAAAAGGGCCAAGGUCAUUACAGCAUGUUUGGCCAGUCAUAUGAUGACCAGCUGUAUCAACAAGGAUCAUAUGGUUACUACAGUCACAAUACCUGGGGACCGAACCAUUAUCAGAGCUAUUCAGGUUACUAUGGAAACAAUACAGGAUACUAUGGUAACAGUGUUGGGUACCAAUAUAACAAUUACUUACAUAACACAAACAUGGAUCCUCAGUCUUCUUAUGGUUAUAACAAUAAUUUGUUGGAAAAUGAUGGAGGAUAUCAACCUAAUAAUCCAGACUUGAACCGUAGUUUCUGCAGUUCUGAUCUAGUUCGGAGACCCAGGUUUUAUUCCCCAGACAUUACAGGAUAUAGACAGAACUACAAUUCUCACAGAAGUCUGGACUAUGCACCGUCCUCCCCAACACCAUAUUCUAACCAACGUUCCUACAACAAUUAUACAGCUGAUCGCCAGAGCCCAAACUACCACACACUGGACCGUCACAGUCCCUAUCAGAACACUUCCUACAAAUCAGCUAAUCAUCUGGUAGACAGAACAUCACCAUAUAUGAACGCUUUUCAGCCAAUACGGAGUGACAGUCCGAGUACAGCUGGUAGUUCUCCAUGUGAUCAGGAUUCUCCAGACUGGGACAGUGUGGUGGGUCCAGUGGAAUUACUGAUAUCUAAUCUUGACUACAACAUAAGUGCUAAGGAAUGGAGGAAGAUUCUCUUCACCACAUUCCACCCCCAUGUCAGGGUGCUGAAUGUACACGUGAAGGCUCAGCCUGAUAACACUAGUAUAGGAAUGGUGAAGGUCCCAAGUAAGGAGGAGGCUCGCUUCGCAAUCUCACAGUUCCACCGCAAGAAAAUUGGCUACAAACGCAUCCAUGUUACUUUAAAAAAUGAUGAAGGCCAACAUCCAGCCAACACUACCAGGGCUGAGGCAGUCGCCCUACUUCUGGAGGCCAAGGACAACACUCUACCAUUGUUUAAAUUUAUCGAGUUGUUUGACAAAAGGUACCACAGAUCUAUCAGUGUGUCUGAGUUAUACAAGAUGAGGGACGUGAUUGACAUUCGAGAACAGGGAGGGGCGGGGCGAAUGGUCUACUUAGCCUCACAUCCUCAGCAAGAUACACCUACCACAGAGAUAGCUGAUGGAGAGGUACAGGAGAUCCUUGAACAGCCUGUGUGUACAAUCCAUUGUCCAGAGGGCAGCACUAUGUAUGCAGAGGCCAUUAACAGCUGUAUGCUUCCCUAUGUCAAAAUGUCAAUCAAGAUGCUUGGACCCCAGGUGCACUCUCUCCUACAAACACAUGAUGGUCACAUGCCGCUGAUGAGCUUUCCAAUGUGUUACAUCGCCGAGUUCUCCAGCCUGCCAAUUUCCCUGCAGUCUCAGGGCGGUGUACCCCUAGAGCAUCUUAUAAGCUGUGUGCCUGGUAUCCAGAUACAAGUUUCUGCCUCAGGGGUGAAGAAAGUCCAGUGGGCAGAGAAUCAGACAUCUAACUCCUCUGAUGCAGUUCGACCUUUGGCCAGUCCUCUGCUGAAUCAACAGCUGAACCAGAUAUGUCGAGAGAUGACUGAUCUUCUCAAGCAGAGUCCUCAGUGUCGCAUGCCAAUGAGUAAAUUCAUCCCCUCCUACCACCACUUUUUCGGGCGGCAGUGCCGUGUGGCCGACUAUGGAUACAGUCGUCUUAAAGACCUUUUUGAAGCCAUUCCCCAUAUAGUUCAGGUGCUGGGUACAGGUGAUAGGAAGCUAUUGACACUGAGUCACAGAGCUCAGGGAAGACGCUUCACUGCUGACCUCACAAAGCUGCUCAAGAUCCAGCCUGGCAAGAGGCUCAGUGUGAAGUCUCUUCCUGAUGCCUGGACUAAGUUUUACAACAAGGUGUGGGAUAUAACAGAAUAUGGCAUGUCACACUUAGAUGACCUGUUAACAGAGGUGCCUCCUACGACUGUUGUGGUGAUUGCUGAAGGGGGAGAAAAUGUUAUUGUGAUACCUCGGAAAGACCAGACUGCUGAAGAAGUUGAACGGACUCGUCAGUUCUCUUUAGAGGUUGUAGAUCUCCUUCGUCACAACCCCCAGUGUCGCAUGCCAUUCAACAAAUUUAUUCCUGCCUACCACCAUCAUUUCGGUCGCCAGUGUCGUGUGUCUGACUAUGGCUUCAGUAAACUCAUGGACCUAUUCGAGGCCAUUCCACAUGUAGUGGAGAUGGAGGAGGAUGGUGAAGAGAGGAUGAUUCACCUAACGGAGCCAGAACUGCGUAAGAUUCUGGCAGAGCAGGUUGUGACAUUGCUAAGAUAUCAGAAAAGUCAGUGUCUACCACUUCAUCAUCUCAUGUCAACAUUCACUUGUCACUAUGGCUUCAACAUCCCUCUUUAUGACUUCAAUGUUGAGUCUGAGGAGGAACUCAUGAAAAAACUACGACAUGUUGUCAAGGUCGAGAUGGUGAACCGAUGUAAGUAUGUCAUGUUGGUCAAUAAAACAGAGAUGCCUCGUCUUGCUCAUCACAUUCUGCAGCUCAUGAUGGACCAGAGUGGGGGUAGUCUCCCUUUAGUAGAGCUUGCUAGUCGCUACAAGUCACAGCAUGGCCAGGAUUGUGAUAUCAAACAGAUCAAGGAAGAGUUGUUAGAUUAUGUACAGGUGACUGGAGAUGACGAGUCGGCAGUGAUCAGUCUAACACCUGUUCAGGCGUUUGCCCGCGAUGUCCGUCUUCUCCUCCAUGAGCAAGGACGCUUGUACCUGACACAGUUUGAGAGAGUUUACAAGGAACGUUUCGGGGUGGAACUCAAACCUGCUUUGUUUGGAUACCCAACAACUUUAGCCUUGCUGCAGACUAUCCCAUACAUAGCCAAUAUCAGGGGCAAGGGGCCUCGCAAGUACUGUACGCUAUCAUCAGAGUUCAAAGCUGGCCUGCCUGCCUACAAGGAACAGGAGGGAAUUAGAGAAUAUGUACAUCGCUCCACUUCAGACACCCAGUCCAGUGAUUCAGGGGUCACAGACAAUAACCCAGAAGAUGAUGAGCCCUGUGUUGAAAGUGAUGCCAGACAAUCACAGACAGAAAACCUCAUGCCUAGUCAUGAAUCUGUGGAAAGGCCCAUCUCUACAAAACCAUUUGAUCUACUCUCUGCCCCUGUACCAUCAGCCAUUCCUUCCCCAGACCUCAAUCCAGAAGAACAGGUUCCAAACCUGAUGACCUUUGAGACCCUUUCCACAGAUAUGCAGGAGAGAAUUUGGACUCUGACGGAACACGAAAAACGAGGACAAAAAACACCAUUGUGUCGAACACCAACCUCUGAGCUCCUGAACUUUGCUGCCCAGUGUCUGAUCUCUCGUCCACCACCUCCAGCCUCUGGAGGGUCUACGCCAAGUCUGGAUAGGUCUGCCACACCUCAACUCCUCAGGGCUGAGGGACAGGCAGAUGUCACCAAGGGUGAGUUAGCUGAUGAUCAGAGUUGGUGGAAGGCUAGUGAUUCACAACUUACAGAAAUGAUGCAAGUUUUCUCCAGACAGGAAACGCAGACCAGACAGGAAGUAGAUGGAGCAGGCCCAGUGAGAGGUCUUGAGCCAGGGGAAGUGUGUUCUACUGAAACUAUAUCAAUCCAGUCUGAAGCUUCAUCUUCAGCAACUGGAAAAGUAGGAAUUUCUUCUCCACAAGAAGAUACAGCUACCAGCAAACUGAACCAGGACAUCUCUAGUACAAGUAAGGUACAAACUAGUGGCAGGGAAGAUUUCAGUCAAAUUGAUAUGAAGUCAGAGUCUUGUCCAAAUGCUCUCAAUCCAGUGUCUGUUGCAGAAUCUGCCACUCAAAUGUCCACUACUCCGGCAGUUACUGAUCAAGUAUCUACUGCCUCAGAAUCUUCAGGAGACUUGCCAGCUGUGACAGAUAGUCCCAAUAACCCAGUGUUGGUGUCAGUUACCUUAGCUACAAAUGAAACUGAUCGUAACACAGAGAUAGAGACAUCAGAAAACAAGAAAAAUAAGGAUACAAUUAUAAAACACAAAAUUGUGUUGCCAAAAUGUCCGCCAAAGGAAAAAACAAUCAAAUCGUUGACAGAUACAACCAGCUACAACACCAUAUUUCGUCAAGAAGCACCCCUAGAUACAAGUUCUGUAAAAUCAGACACCAGCACCCUGAGUGAUGUUUCUCAGGGAUCGCCUCGUAAGUCCCCGCGUAAACAACGUAUCGCAGCUCGCUUUGACAAUCCAAUGGAGCAUUCCUCACCUCCUUAGAUGUAGUGUAUACAAAGCAGUAUUUUGAUAGCCUGUGACAGAGCUUGUGACCUGGUGCAGAAUAUGAUAAAGGUUGUGUACAUGUCUACAUGUAACCUAUAUAAAUGUUGUGCGAGUCGAUACUGCUUAAAUGCUUCAUCUUCAGUGUAAAAUGGACAAUAGAUAGGAAGACAGAAGAAAACCAAGUAUUGACCCUGGAAUAACUGAAUUGUUUUUUUUCCUUCUGUUUAAUCCGAAGAACUUGCAGUAGGUUACCACAUUAAAUUUGUCCUACUGCAUUAGUACCUACACAAUGGUAUGGCGAUGGAAGGGUUAUGAAGUACAUCAUUAUAAAAUCUUACAAUUUGUAUGAAAUAAUGAUUUUCUCUUGAUAUUUGUGAUUUGUUUGAAAGUAACAAGUGUGUAUCACGACAUGUUUAUAUAAUGGUCUAACAUUGUGGUAUGCUUUUGUAAUACCAAUCUGACUAUAUGCGUUUGUGCUUGAUGAUUUGAUAAAUUUAUUGUAUACUGACCAGUACAGUGGUUCAACUAAUGCCAUUUUUUCCAUAACACUGCAGUUUGAUUUUCUUGGGUAUUUUAUGGCAUGACUUUGAGGGCUAUUUUGUUUAUUUUCUUACAAAAGGUUUCUUGAGCUUACAUCACGGCUUGACAAUAUUUACUUGUCUUUUCAUCCUUUAUAGUCAAAUUAAAAAUUUUGUAAUUAAACUGUACCUCAGAACCAAAAUACUUUGACAUAGAACUUUUCAUAUAUUAGUAGAAAGUGAUUAAAUAAAUAAAUUCCGACCAUCCCUCUGCCAAGUUAAAGUAGGGGGAAAAAAAGGCUUCAAACAUAUAAAACUUUAAAUGACCAUGAGACACAAGAUAGUUCACACUUGAGAGUAGGGUCCAAUUAUAGAGCCAUAACUACCCUAGUAAUAUUCUACUUUCUGAUGAAAGUAAAAGUUUCAAAUAGAGAAGUUGUUUUAUCACUAUCUAGUACAUGUAUUACACUACAUCAGGUGAGUGUACAUGUUCAGUGAAGCCCUUUCAAUAUACAGUAGAACUGUAUAAGUUCAAAUCCUUCUUCUUUCAUAUUUAUCUAUAUAUAUUUAUUUUUGCAUAACUAUAUAAACCCCCCUCUUUAUGAUUAUUCUUUGGCAUUACUUUAACAUGACUGUACAAUUUCAUGUGUACAAAUUUAGCUUGCAGGUAUAAAUGUAUUUGGAAAAUUUCUUCUGCUUGAUUUAUGACAUAAAUUUUACUUAACAAUCUUGAUAACUUUCUCAAAUCAAAGCAACAAAUUUGCUACAUUUACUGUACAUCCCUUUAAUUAGAUGUAAGAUCAAAUAAUGAUACUGGUAUGUCCAUGUUAUCAGUUCUACUAAGACUUGUAUUCCAGACAUUUGUGAACCUGUACCAUAAAGUAGUUAGUAUACAACAACUGAUCAGGUGUGGUAUAGGAAAUGAUUGAUUACCAGUACCUAUGUUAAGUAGGUAACAAGGUCGUAGGUCAUUGAUUUACCCAGGUAUGAUGGUUACUUUUUGAUGAGUAAAAAGUGAUAUUUAUCUGUUGUGUGUACAUGAUGAGAUCUACCAAAGUAGGGUAGAUAAUGGCAUUUACCUGUGGUACAUUGAAAUAAAUUUUAGUGGAUAAAUAAUCUGAGAUACAUAGGUUUUCAAAUAAUAUUUACUUUGUACCUGUGGAAGGUAAGUGAUCAUUGCAUUCACCUGUGGCAAAAUAUAAGUAAGAUUUAUUGUAAAUACGAGAUCUGUGAGGUGUGAUUUACCUAAAGGUAGGUAAAUUAUAAGAUUCAUUUACAAAUAGGAUGUAUUAAUUUACCUGUAUGUCAAGUUAGAAAGUCAGAAAUUAUACAUUGGAAAAGUUUUCAUGUAUAAAAUGAAUUUACUUGGAGGGAGAAGGACUUGGUUUGUUUACCAACUGUAGAUAUUACAGAAUAUAUAUCAUUAUCUAGAGUAUCAGUGUACUGGAAACUGGCUACACAAGUUGGUAUGCUGGAGAUAGCAUGUCUUUGGUCGUAAUCAGAUACCAUGUAGUGGUAUGCUGGAUAUAGCAAGGCUGUGUUCUUUACAAAUGGAUACCAUAUAUUGGUACUUACAAGGGGCGUGGGGCCAGGACUUCCAAGACUACCAAGUUUAUUAUUGCUCAAUACAAUAUAAAUUUGAUAAUAUGGAUGGUAUACAAUGGAUACUUGUCAUGAAAUGUAAAGAGUGAAAUACCAAGCUGUGGUACUUCAGUUAAAAGGAUAUCACUAUAAUGAUAUUGGAGAGCAGAUACCAUAUUUUGGUACUUUGGGAAUCCUCACAGAGCUGUCGCAGUAUUGUGUAUCAUAUCAGCUCUGGAUUACCAUGAUUAGGUGGUAAAUGUUUCGUACAUCCAAGCACGACCUAUAAUCAUCCUGAAUUAUUAUAAGUUGGUUCAGUGGCAUUUUUUAAAAAUCUUUAUCAUGAUGGUGACUAAUAAUUUAAAACUAUUAAAGUUUUAUUUUUGUCAAUCGUAAUUCUAUUUUGGUUGCAUAUAACGAUUUUCAUCAGAAAAGAAGUACAUGUAUAUAUUUUGAGGGUGAAUGAAGUCAAAAUUGAUAUAAAGUAAAAAGUUGCCUUCAUAAUUCUUAAUUGAAAUUAAAUAUUCAUGUAUUUCAUGGUAAAUGUUGUUAUGAAAAAGGUGAAGGAAUGUAGAAGUCCUUUAAUGUGUGUAACUGACCAUGCUGGCACAGGCAAGGAGUCCUGUAGUCUGGUCAGUUAAGAGAUGGAAUCUUAUGUGUUCUUAUGCAUUGUCUCCUGCUAGUCAACCAGAGAGUAAUAUGCACCAUCUAUCUGUUAGUCAGUCAAACAGUUCAUCAGUCUUUCAAGCUUCUUGUACAAGGAAUUCCACCAAAUACAGCUCGUGGACAUUUGUUUUUCAUGUAACAAAAUAAUCAAGAGUUUAAAUGUCGAUAUACAUUAUUUGUAGAGGUAAAGUUGCCCAUUACAACAAUUUAUCAUUGACCUAGAUAUAUAUGUUACUGCACUUAGGAGAUCUCUAGUGUUCUUUUCACAGAUUAAACUACAUGCAUGCUCAAAUCUUGCACCAAAUUUGUUGAAUAUAUUUAUUGAGGAUAGGAAUUAUUUCCAAAAUUAAAAUCAUUUGAGAUGUUUCAAAAUUUGUUUUUUAUGUAAAGCAUUGCUAUAAUGACUACAAAAUACAAAUUACCGGGUAUUUGAGAGGAUAAUUUGCAAGAAAAUACUCCAGAACCUAUAUUUAUAGUUUUAUAGGAAUGGUAGAGGUAAAGUGAGCACUCCUUAGCUCCGGGAACACGAGAUGUCUACAGGUUAUAAUACCGGGUACUUUUCAUCAUCUCGCUGGUAUACAUAUAUAUUAAAAUGCUUGUUUACAGGAUAUCAAUAAUUUUGCAAGAUCCCAUUGGAAGGUUAUUGGUAUUAAUAUUAAAACCUAGUUAUACGGCAAUUCGGGUUCAGCAGAAUUUUGGUGCAGUAAAGGGUUCAGAGCAUUAGAGGGAGAUAUUUGAAAAAGAAAGUACAGGAAAAGAAUGUUGAAAUUUGUGUUGGUGAUAAUUAAUCAGGAUGGCAAAUGAUACAAGUAUGUGUAUUGUUAAAUAAAAUGAAUUGAUGCGACAUGCAAUGUGACCAAUUUAUGUGUUUAGAAAAUGCCUACAUGCCUUAAUGCCUAGCUUUAAUACUUAUAGCCGAAGCUUUCUGAAAUGUUUCCAGAUUUGAAUUCCUAAUCUACCAUAAUGAAUUGGUACAUAUGUACUUCAGAGCGUUCUUUUCGGAGGAUAUGUAGAUUACAUUGGAUCAUAGUACUUACAUAAUUGUCACCGAAAUGUUGGUGUAUGGUGAAGUUCUGAGAACAAUAAAAACUGGGCACAGAA